AUGCGGAACUGCACGCGGUGUGGGAGUGGAUGGAUGCGGACGUUGUUGAGAGUUGGUAUCAUUACGGGCAAGGGGAGGGCGUUUUGCGCUGGGGCUGAUUUAAAGGAAUGUAACGAUAAAAACUCCCAAUCAUCCGGCCGCCCAGCACCACCCCCCUCAGGCUUCGCCGGCCUAUCCCGGCGCGCAGGGAAAAAACCCGUCAUCUGUGCUGUCAACGGCCUCGCCUACGGCGGCGGUUGCGAGAUCAUCAUCAACGCCGACAUCGUCAUCGCCAGCAGGCGCGGGGCGAAAUUCGCGUUGCCGGAAGUUAAGCGCGGCGUCGUCGCGUUGGCAGGUGGGCUGACGAGGCUGGUGCGGACGGUGGGGAAGCCGCGGGCGAUGGAGAUGGCGUUGACGGGGAGGGUGGUCCGGGUUGAGGAGGCGGAGCGGUGGGGGCUUGUUAAUGAGGUUGUGGAGGAUGGGGGGGAGGCGGAUGAUGUGGAUGUUGGGGACAGGAGGGUGGUGAAGCGGGCCGUGGAGGUUGCGGGGGAGAUUGUGGCGAAUAGUCCUGACGCGGUGAUUGUGAGUCGGGAGGGGGUUAAGUUGGGGUGGGAAGGGGUGGGCGCGGAGGAUGGGAGUCAGAUGUUGAUGGAGGGAUGGGCGAGGCGGUUGAAUGAAGGGGAGAAUCUGAAGGAGGGCGUAAAGGCGUUUGUGGAGAAGAGGAAGCCGAGAUGGGUUGCGAGUAAGUUGUGA